AUGGCACGACGUGAGCUGGGGCGCUGGCGUACCGCGCUUGCUACGUCGCCGUGCCCACUCCGCGAGGGGGCGCACGGCAGACUUCAUACCCAUACGAGUGAGCGCCUCGCAUCAGCACUGCGCUGCGGCGUGCCGCGCGGCCACUUUUUCGGCACCGACGCACGCGCACUCCUCUUUUCCGUGCCGAAUCCGCUGCGUGUGCACGAGCCGCCGGCACAGAGCGCCGAGGGGAACCAGCCUACCUUUACGCGGUACACGCACCCCUACCUUCCUCCAAAGGACCGGCACCGAUGGCCGGACACCUUUCGUCCGAUGGCCGAUGCACUGGCCCGGCACGACGAAGACGCCUGCUGGCAGCUCGUGCAGGCGUACCGGGAGAGCGACACACCGAUGCCGUACUCACUCUGGCAUGGCAUGUGGCUGCUCAUUGCACAGGGGCCGGCACCGGCGCCGCUCGCGGAUCUGUACGCACGCCUGGACCGCAUCUGUGAACGCCUCGGCGUCUUGCACAAAAUGCAUGCGCAGCUCUUUCCCGAGCACGACAUGCCGCGCAUCCUCUUUGCGCGCUACGUAUACCUGCUGCUCAAGCGCGCCGAGCGGCUCGACCACGCACCGGCCGCCGAGCACGCGGCGCUGCGCGCCGAGCGCAUGCGCCAGGCACGCAUUCUGCACGAUGCCGUGCGCGACGCCUAUGCGCCGCUCGAUACCUUGCUGCUAGGGCGCGUAAUUUACCGCCUGGCCCGCCUCGGCCUCGUCGCCGAGACCGCGCCGCUGCUCGACGCAUUCCUGGCACGCCCCGACGUCGCUGCGGACGCGGCGAGCGCCGCGCAGCCUUUGAACGCGAUUGCUGCUGCAUGUACCGGCGUGCUAGGCCCGGGGCGCGUCCCGGGCGAUCUGCUCAAGCUCGCCACGGACACAGUGCGCCUCGCGUACGAGCGCCAGUUUCCAAUCCGCGGCGCGCUCGUCCAGACGCUCCUGCUGCGGCUCGGCGCUGAACGUGUCGAGGCGCUGCUGCGUGCAUGCAGUGCCGAGCGCGUCGACGCGCCGCCGCACGUCGACCUCGCCGACUGGCCCACGCUGCUGUGCCGCCUCGCACAGACGCGGCCGACGUACCUUGCCGAGCGCUGCGCCGUGAUGCUGUGCCGUGUCGGCCGCCCCAUGCCGGCGCUCGGCCUGAUUCGGACGCGGGCCGAGCUGCCGUACGACGUGUAUGCAGCGGCGAUCAGCUCCUUGUCGUGGAUCGCACGCGAGCGGCGGCCGGGGCACGACGCUGCGAUGCAGCUUGCACUCGAAGUGCUCGAGGUACUGCACACGCACGAGAAUGCCGACUACGGGCCGGACCAGCAGAUGUACGGCGAGCUGAUCCGGGGCCUCGAGGCGACGAUGGGCAGCGGCGCGGCUGCGUCGCCGGAUACGGCGCUCGCGGCGCUUGUCGCGCAUCCCCCCGACUGGCCCGCGGAGCUGUACGCGCUCACGGCGCAGAUCCUGUCGCGGAUGUACGCACAGGACGUGCCGCUGCUGCUCUUUGCGCACCAUGCACGCCUACUUGCGAUGAACAUCCAGGCGGAGCAGUUUAUGCCGAGCAAGCGCCUGUACGAGCAGGCGCGGCUGCAGUUUCCGACGCAGCUCCCUCUGGCGCACCGCUCGGGGCCGCUUCUGUCGCGCCCGCUCGUGUGGCUCUUUACGCAGGCCGCGCAGCGCCCAGGGCAGCUGUCGUUUGCCGUGCGGCUGUACCACGACGCGACGUCGUUUGGCUAUGUGCUUCCGCGGCACGCGGUCGUGCUCUUUGUGCGUGCGCUGCUGGCGGGCGGCAUGCCGACGGUGGCGCAGCGCACCGUGCUCGACGUGUCGAUGGCGGACUACAUACCCCGUGCAUCGCUCGCGCCCGGCGUGCUGCGCGCCUUUUUCCACGCGGGGCACCUCGAGCCGGCGCUCGGCUUGGCCGAGACGAUCUACGGCCCGACAUCGAUGCCGGCGCCGUGGGAGGACCAAAGCGUGCUGCGCCAUGCGCCGCUCGCGAUGUACGGCGUGUGUCUAUACGAGGCGAGUCGGACGAAGCUCGCGCGCCAUGCGCCGUCGCGCGCACGUCUGUUGGCGCUCUUUGACGAGUUCCGACUGGCGCUCGCGCAUGCGCUGGCACACCCCGACGGCGACGACGUGAUGCCCGAAGUGGCGCAGGCGUACCGCGGCGCGGUCGUGCUGCACCUUGCGGCCGGCACGCCGCGUGUCGAGAUCGAGAGUCUGCUCGACGAGCUACGUGACCUGGACGGCGAUGCCGCUCCGCUCGCUGCGCUUGUGAGCGCGCCGUAA